GGGGGCUCGAGAUGGCUUACAUAUUUGAAGGACCGCCGUAGCAUCAUGCAUCGAUGACUAUCCUUGGAUUCAGACAGAAUCCUUGCAACCUUUGGCGCGACCAUUGCUAUUUUUUACUACAGGUUUCCAGGUAAAACAAAGACAAAAGGUACAAUAACGCGUUAUUGCCAAUUGGUGGUUAACAUUUCAAAAACACGUGCAGCGGCCCUUUGUUCUCUUGUACUAUUUAAAUACUCAAAGCUUGCGUUGCUCCUUCUACAGCGACCACAACACCUACCGACUGAAUCCGCCUUCUAUCUCCCAUGUCUUCUACCACUACCACCCAGAGCAGCUUUCCUACCGAACUCAUCGAGGAAAUCCUUGACCACGUUGAUUGUCUUCCCGUCAAAGACAUCCAAAGUCUUCUGAGCCACUCGUCAGCGGGAUACAAAGGCGGGCGCGUCGCCACUCUGGCGUCCUGCUCAUUGGUCUCCAGAGCCUGGCACCCUCGCAGUCGAUUUCAUCUCUUCAAAUCCGUCAAUGUUACUCCCGAAAACUACGCGUCUUUCUUUUCGCUUCUCGCCACUCCAGGCUGUACCUUCCUGCAUUCCGUCCAUGAACUGUUCCUCUCCGACGAAUACAGAGCUGGAACUAUAUACAGCGGAUGCACAGACCCGGAGGGAGACGAUUAUUGGCUGCAUAAAGUUCUACCCGACCUCGCUUUCUCCAUGUUCGCGAACAUCGAGCGGCUGAUCAUCCAUGCUGCUAGGUUUGACUAUAUGUCGGAGGAGGGCUUUGCGCAGAUGCUCAUCUAUCUAUCUGGCCCUACCACCAUCACGCACUUGGCUCUCAGAUAUUGCGUGUUCCCUACACAGAAUCACUUGAUCCAGGCAUUGUCGUCGGUUAAAUCGUUGGAGUCCGUUUACCUGAUGUGCCCCACCCUCAGAAUAAUCCCGGAGGGCGAAGACCUGACUCGAUCCCCAAUCCCUGCGCUCUCCCCGUCAUUGUCGUCGUUGAUGAUCAACAUCGACAGUGCUAUGAACAUCGUUUGGAUGGCCAGACUUAUAUCCAUAGUGGGCGCGUCGCUCAAGCAUUUGAGCACCGCCUUAUGGGCUAGGAUGGUCACGUGGGACAAGUGUAUGGACGAGUUCUACGACGCCCUCAGUUUUGACUGCCAUCCAAACCUCGAGACCAUUGCGUUCGAUUACCUUUCCACGAGUAAACCAGACGGGCGGAAGAAAACUCGACACGUUCCUGCAAUCCUUCGAAAGAUCACUUCGUCGUCUAUCAGACAGAUCAUUUUAACCCUCUCCGACACCCGUUCGGGUUUAGAAGAUCCGGAAGAUCUGGAUUCCGUCGAUUGGGCAGCGAUAAGCGAGGUUUUGAGCGAGAAAAACUAUUCGGAUCUGGAGAGUAUUUCUGUGCUCAGAGUGGAUUAUCAUCUGUUGGACAAGGCGAUGCGUAUCAUCGCGAAUAGGAUGAAAGGAUCGCUGGUCAAAAAUCCGUCAUUAGGUGUCGAAGUUUGGUACCAAAGGGAGGCAGUUACGUUCCCGCUUUUUGGAUGGUAGUCAAUUCUAAAUACAUAUUUUUCUAUGGGCCACGCCAUCCACAUCAUUACCACAUGAGCGUGUGGAGACCAGUCGGCAUUCUCUUUCGCCUUCUCCUUGUUAACGCCUUGAACGUUCCCUGCACUAAUAUCCGAUGUGUCCACUUCCCAAGGAUGCCA